AUGGUCCGAUACGCCGCGACCGAGAUCCAGCCCUCCAAGUCGGCCCGCGCCCGCGGCUCCUACCUGCGAGUCUCCUUCAAGAACACCCGCGAGACCGCCCAGGCCAUCAACGGCUGGAAACUCCAGCGCGCCGUUGCCUUCCUCGAGAAUGUCAAGGAGCACAAGGAGGCCGUCCCCAUGCGACGAUAUGCUGGCAGCACCGGACGCUGCGCCCAAGGCAAGCAGUUCGGUGUUUCCAAGGCCCGGUGGCCCCUCAAGUCGGCCCAGUUCCUGCUGGACCUCCUGAAGAACGCCGAGGCCAACGCGGAUGCCAAAGGCCUCGACACCGGUGCCCUGAUUGUCAAGCACAUCCAGGUCAACCAGGCCCCCAAGCAGCGCCGCCGAACAUACCGUGCCCACGGUCGCAUCAACCCCUACAUGUCGAACCCCUGCCACAUCGAGCUGAUCCUGACCGAGGGCGACGAGGUGGUGCAGAAGUCGGACCAGGUCGUCGGCCGCGAGCAGCUGCGACUCAACUCGAGGCAGCGCGGCGCCCGUGUCCGCCAGGCCAUCACCGCCGCAUAG